GUCCUGUCAAUUAAAAAAUAAGAUUGUUGAUCGGAAUUUGUUGUUAAUUUUUUAGAAAAAUAAAAGUUGAAAAUAUCGAUUUCUUAAUGACUUCCGGAAAAGAAACCAUGGGUGAACAACCAAUUUUCACAUGUAAGGCCCAUGUCUUUCACAUUGACCCAAAGACGAAAAGGUCCUGGAUGCCUGCAUCAAGCACAGCAGUGAGUGUAUCAUUUUUCUACGAUUCUUCUCGUAGCUUAUACAGGAUAAUAAGUGUGGAAGGCCAAAAAGCUGUGAUAAACAGCACAGUCACCCCUAACAUGACUUUUACAAAAACAUCUCAGAAGUUUGGGCAAUGGUCUGAUGUUAGGGCAAACACAGUGUAUGGGCUGGGAUUUUCUUCAGAGGCUGAGUUACAGAAGUUUAUUGAUAAGUUUAGUGAGGUUAAAGAAGCUACAAGAUCAGCCAUAAGUAAAGUUACUGCAAAUGGAGGGUCUGCUGUAACUCCUGUGACUAGCGCAAAUGCUAGCCCAAUUAAUGCAAGAACUGCUUCUAGUAAUCAAGAAAAUGCUGAUAACCUUUUGGAACCACCAGGUACUGCUGCACUUCCUCCAAUACCAAACAUUAAAGAUCAAGACGAUUCGGGACACGGACGUUCGCAUUCCUUAUCAGGAAUCCAGAGUUCUGAGAGUCCCAGUCACCAGGUAAAAAUGGAAAAACCUACUUUUAGCAGCACGGGCGGAUCCCCAAACAACGUCGAGAUGCAACUGAAGUACGAAAAUGACCGUCUUAAGUUAGCCUUGGCGCAAAGUUCUGCCAAUGCAAAGAAAUGGGAAAUCGAGCUCACCACCUUGAAAAGUAAUAACGCACGGCUGACUAGCGCCCUACAGGAAAGCACGGCAAAUGUCGAGGAAUGGAAAAGACAAUUGGCGAGUCUUAAGGAAGAAAACUCUCGUAUGAAGUCCAAGUAUCAAAACGAUUUAGAAAAUAGUAGAGGUGGCGGUGAUAUAGGCGACGAAUUAAGAAAAGAAGUGCAGUCCCUAAGGCUGAAAGUGGAACAACUAGAGAUCGAAGUGCAGAAGAAAAAUGACGAGAUCAGGAAUCUUACGUCUGGCGGGAGACUUCCGGACAUCCAGUCGUUACAAAAAGAAAACCAAGAACUGCAAGCGACCGUAAAACUAGCUCAAUCGGAGCUGGAUAUCGCCCUGAGCGCCCACGAAUCCCAAAAGCAAAUCCUGCUGACGCUCAAUCAACAAUUGGCGGCACGGAUCCACGAACUUGCCACCAUACACGACGAGAUGACCACCGCGUUGCAAACAUGAAACCGCUUCUAUCGGGGUUAGUAAGAACGAAUUUUCGUGUUUUGGGGAGCGCCCCCAACCGGGUAAAGUAUGAGUUUAAACGCGAGUAGAUUAUUUACUUUCUAAUUUUUAACCGAUUUUAUUAUUAUUUAUGGGGGAAAUCAGCUGUUACGUCAUGAGAGUUAUUAAGGCUUUUUAGUUGUAUGUAACAGUGGCGGCUCGUCCUAGGGGGCCAAGGAGCCAUGGCACUGGUCGUAAAAUAUAGUAUUAUUUAUACAGUAAAA